GGACUGCCCCAGGGAAUGAUUGUUUCCUCUUCAUUGAAGGUCUUCAAGUGGAGGCUGGAGGGGGGUGAGGGCAGGGACUCCGACUUCCUGGAAGAAGUUCCUGCUAAAGAAUCCUAUUCUAAGUCCUCGGAUGUACCGGCUUCCACCAUGACUUUAAGUUCUGACCAGAAGAUGCCUGCUGAAGAUGGUUCUGGAGACCAUGGGGACACUGCCAGCCUGGGCGCUGUUAACACCAUCUACAGUAGUAAUUCCCCUUCAGAAGCCUCUGCAUCUCAGGAAGAGCCUUUUACCACCUACUUUGAUGAGAAGGUCUCCAUUCCCGAGGAGGAGUAUUCUUGUUUUAGCUUCCGAAAACUCUGGGCCUUUACAGGGCCUGGCUUCCUCAUGAGCAUUGCUUAUCUGGAUCCAGGGAACAUUGAAUCCGAUUUGCAGUCAGGGGCCGUGGCCCAGUUUAAGUUGCUCUGGGUUCUCCUCCUGGCCACCAUCGUGGGGCUCCUGUUGCAGCGCCUGGCAGCCAGGCUGGGCGUGGUCACGGGCCUGCAUCUCGCUGAAGUGUGUCACCGGCAGUAUCCCAAGGUCCCCCGAAUUAUUCUGUGGCUGAUGGUGGAGACCGCCAUCAUAGGCUCCGAUAUGCAAGAAGUCAUAGGGUCAGCUAUUGCCAUCAAUCUCCUGUCUUCUGGGAAGGUUCCUCUGUGGGGUGGAGUUCUCAUUACCAUAGCGGAUACCUUCAUGUUUCUUUUUCUGGACAAAUAUGGUUUGCGGAAACUGGAAGCCUUCUUUGGCUUUCUCAUCACCAUCAUGGCCCUCACAUUUGGAUAUGAAUAUAUUACAGUGAAACCCAACCAGGCCGAGGUGCUGAAGGGCAUGUUCGUACCCUCUUGUUCAGGCUGUAGCACCCCGCAGGUUGAGCAGGCCGUGGGCAUUGUGGGUGCUGUUAUCAUGCCACAUAACAUGUAUCUGCACUCCGCACUAGUCAAGUCCAGGCAGGUGAACAGGGCCAGCAAGCGGGAGGUCCGAGAAGCCAACAAGUACUUCUUCAUUGAGUCCUGCAUCGCUCUCUUUGUCUCCUUCAUCAUCAACGUCUUUGUCGUCUCAGUCUUUGCAGAGGCCUUUUAUAAUGAAACUAACAAGCAAGUGCAUGACAUCUGCGUCAAUAAUAGCAGUCCUCACAGCGACCUCUUCCCUCUAAACGAUACCAUGUUGACUGUGGACCUCUACAAGGGGGGAGUGGUACUAGGAUGUUACUUUGGGCCUGCAGCACUCUACAUCUGGGCCGUGGGCAUAUUGGCUGCAGGACAGAGCUCUACCAUGACGGGGACCUAUUCUGGCCAGUUUGUCAUGGAGGGAUUCCUGAACCUUAGGUGGUCACGGUUUGCCCGAGUGAUCUUGACACGUUCUAUUGCUAUCAUCCCAACACUGCUGGUCGCAGUCUUCCAGGACGUGGAGCAUCUUACAGGGAUGAAUGACUUCCUGAAUGUGCUGCAGAGUUUACAGCUUCCCUUUGCCCUCAUCCCCGUCCUCACAUUUACCAGUUUGCGUCCAGUGAUGAGUGACUUUGCCAAUGGACUGGGCUGGAGGAUCGCAGGUGGGAUCCUCGUUCUUCUUAUCUGUAGCAUCAACAUGUACUUUGUGGUUGUCUAUGUUCAAGACCUGGGGAACGUGGCACUGUAUGUGGUGGCUGCUAUAGUCUCUGUGGCCUAUCUUUGUUUUGUGUUUUACCUGGGUUGGCAAUGUCUGAUUGCUUUGGGCUUGUCCUUCAUGGACUGCGGACAGACGUUUCACCUGGGACUGACUUCGUCUCCAGAGCUCUUCCUCCUGAACAACGUUGACACUGAUUCCAUCCUCUCUAGAUGAUGGCCUCAAGAGACUGUCGAAAUAGUAUUUUCAAAAAACCCUUAUGCCAAGUGAUGUAAUAACUGUAUUAGUUCAAGAGGUGAGUUUUGUUCAAAGAAUUUGAACAAAAAUCAGAGAUUUCCUUAUGGGAAGGCUAUUAAAAGCUGACUGCUGUAAGUGGAGGGCACAGAACCACCCACCUUGUAAAGGUGUAAACAGUCAUGGGACAGCCAGAGUCAAAUGACUGGCUGAUUUUGGCCACACGCCCCAUGGGCUUGUGUGGUAAUUUCUGGCAUUUUUUUCUUGAAGUUGUAAUUUAUAUAAUUAUAUAUAAGGAUAUAAAUAUUUGUUUGGGUAGGAUUUUUAAAGUUUUAUAUAAAUUGAUUAUUUUAGUUCUAAAAACCUUAAUAGAGCUCAAAGAAGACAGAUUACACUGAAAUCUUUGGAUCAAAGAUGAGAAAGGAGAAUUGAUGGGGCUUUUUAAAGCUGAAUUGGUCAAACCGAAUCUCCUUUGAAAUAAUGCUUCAUAUAAGAAGUCAAAGUUGUACUUUCAUUGACUGGUUAAAGACCAGUUCAUAUACGUGGUGUUUGAAAAAGUAUUGCCUCAUAACCAGCAUUUCUUUUUUCCAAGGAAUGUCUGCUACUUUUUGCCUAUGAAAUUUAGGCUUUAAACUGGGAGAUCCGUAGUGUUUGCUGAGGUCUUUAAUUCACUCCUUCCAAAUGUCACAUCCUAGGUUACCAUCAGCUUAUCGUCAGUCUCUCUUUUUUUUUUUUCAAGUUUCUGGUCAAAAGUCAAAAGCUUUAAACUUUAACUUGCAAAGGAAAUUUCUGCUGUUCUUUGGACCUGCCUACCAUUUCAGAUAUUUUCACAUCUUCAUGUAAACACUCCAUACAGGCCCGAAGGUCUGCUUCCUGUGAUUACUGGUAUUUAUUUUACCAAGUGUUAGACAUGAUCUUAAAUGAUCUUUUAGGAAUGAGAUUUCUGGGCAUUGUGGCGUAUUGGAUAUGACAAUGGCCUGGAAAUCAGAAGACUUGGUUUUAGGCACAACUCACUUAUUUUUGUGACCUUUACCUUUCUGAUUCAGUUUCUUCAUCUGUAAAAUGAAAGACUUGAAUAAAAUAAUCUUCAAGGUUCCUUCCAGCUCACAUUCUCUGAUUCUGUGAUUAUCACUCCAGCCACCGUGAAACUCCAGGUCAAUCUGCUACUUCUUGACGCAGGAGAAGACUAUCUUAUCUGGCGCCAUUCACAAAUUUAAGUCAACAUGUUUUUAAAGCAUUGUUUAAAUUUAUUAACAGUUUACUUUGUUACUUAACUAAGAGCCUGGGCUCUCCCUGUCAGUAUCAUAACUUGAACCUUAUUUUAAGCUUGAACAUUCCUUUACACAUUAGGAAUUCCAGAAAUUCUUGAGUAUUUAUAGCAUGCUGGUUGAUUUUCAACAGUAGACGUGGGAUGGGGGAAUGAGGUUGAAAUUUAUUAAGUGUUUGAACCACUUAAGUCUUCUUUCAUUCUGUAAAAUAUGUAUUAAAUGCCUGUUGUGUUUUCAUGAACCCAUUAAGCUUGGGGGUGAGCCAUAAGAUAGGCUCUCUGUCCUCAAGGAGUUUCCAUUCUAGUAAAUCAUAAUGUAAAUCAUAAUGUAAAAUUGACUCUGAAUUGGUCUGUUUGAACUCAGAGUUCCUUUAUGACAAUUUAAGUACUUCUGUUAAUUUUUUUAAAGCUUUGAUCCAAGUUGUUCAUUUUUGUAAAUGCUCAUGGUUCCUUUGUUAAGUUGGUCUCUAGGUCAUUUCACUACUUAGCCAAAGAGUGGUCAGAGAGAAGUAUGAGAAAGAGAAUAGCAAAACAACCAGGCUUCCUAUUGGUGGCUCUUACAAUUGGUUUUCCAAAAUAAGGCUUAGGGGGUUCUGCCAAUUUCCCCUGUUUUCCAUUGCAGUAGAUAAUUAAGAAUAAGUGUGCUUUGGUGGUAUACCUCUCACUUUAUAUAAUGACUGAAUUCCUUGUUAUGGCAUUUUUGUAAGCCACAUCAUUUCAAAUGCUCUGGAGUUGUAGAAUCAGAAGGGACCUUCUACCCUUGCUGAAUUUCUACAAUAUCUGUGACUGGCAUCCUACAAUAAAUUUACUACUUCCAAUGGCA